GUUCCACAAUGGCCAUAAGUUGCCACGUAAAGGUAAGAACUAUCACAUACUUAAGAAAGGCAUGGUUCUGCAGUUUCAACCAGUAAAGGUGGUGGACAGAGGCUGGUACCACUGCAGAGUGGGAUAUGGUUCUUUGGGAGCUUUUGAGUCUUCACGAGCUUUGCUUACUGUACUUGCUAAAGCUGAGAUUAUAAAUAAAGUGCAGCUAUCAAGACCUCGAGAAGAGUAUGUCGGCUCAGUUAUACACCUCUCCUGCAAGGUUGCUGGGAUUCCUCCACCUGUGGUAGAGUGGAGGCGCAAUGGAAAUCUG